AUGCUUUGCAGCUAUGUUUUGUUUGUGCGCAAGAACGCGCUACAGGUGCUUAUACCUAAGUAUGGACUGGAAGGCACACUCUAUCUGAAGGGUGAUAAGGAUGGCAAGGAUGGUUUGGAGCGUACCAAGAGCGAGGUUAUAUUUACAUUCAAUGAGGAAGAUCACACACAGCGAUGUGGCAAUGUGGUAUUCCAUUCCUUUGAUCCGGUCACAGUCAGAUUAAGUCUGGACUCGAGCAAUGUACAGCAUGAAAAGUUAGUUUUCAGAUUGGUUAAACCCUACAUCAAGGGUUUCAGUGUGGAGCUAAACUCGGAAACGGAUACCGAUCAGCCACCAGCCAAAAAAAUGAACAAGCAAAAGAAAAAGAAAUAA